GUUCCAGCAUCAAAGGCGUGUCGCGAACCAUCGGCCGACCCAAAGCGAGGCGGACGGUUCCCUCCACAAACACAUCGCCCUGCGCUGGGUUGCGUGUGAGGCACGGCGGUAUCAUAUUAAGAGGCGCCAGACCUGCUGGGCAUUGAGUAUUCGAGGCGCAUUCCAGGCAUCCAGGAGCGCAUCGAAAGCAUACGAAGAGUGCCCUGGUAACUGCGGUUGAUUCGACAUGUCGAGCUCGGGCUUCACCAGCCCCUUUGGGGCAAACUCGAACCCCUUUGGCUCCUCCAGAAUCGAGGCGGGUGGCAUGCAACGAGUGGCAGAGGAGGAAGAGAACGACACGAUCACCUCGCCUACGACGCCGCAUUUUGGUCAAUCGGCAGGCAACACCUUCCAGGGACCCUUUGGCGGCGACGCCUCGUCCGACCCGCAGCAGUCCGGCCUGAGGGGCCCUCCGAGUACGGAAGGCUACCCGGCCCAGUAUAACUUCGCCCGACGGACCUCGGUCUCGGCGGAGUCUUUGAAACCGGUUGCCGAUAGCUACGACAACUGGACCCCCCCGGUGCAUCCGAAGUCGCCAGAGCAGCUGGCCCGCCUUAAGACGGCCAUCAGCGGCAACUUUCUGUUCAGCCACCUCGAUGACGAGCAGUGUGCGCAGGUUCUGGGCGCGUUGGUAGAAAAGCCAAUCCCCACGAAGGGAAUUAAGGUAAUCACCCAAGGCGACGCCGGUGACUUCUUCUACGUGGUUGAGAAGGGUUCGUUCGAGGUUUACGUCAACAGCAGCGGCUCCCUGCAGCCGGGACCGGAUGGGAUGGGACAGAAGGUCGGCACGAUCGAGGCUGGCGGGUCGUUCGGUGAACUGGCGCUCAUGUACAAUGCGCCGCGAGCUGCGACCGUCAUCUCGGCCGAGCCACAGUGCACGCUGUGGGCGUUGGACCGCGUUACCUUCCGGCGGAUCCUGAUGGAGUCGACCUUCGCGCGCCGUCGGAUGUACGAGAGCUUCCUCGAGGAGGUGCCGCUGCUGGCCACCCUCACCCCGUACGAGCGGUCCAAGAUCGCGGACGCCCUGGAGAGCCAGAAGUUCCCCGCGGGCCACACCAUCAUCCGCGAGGGCGACCCCGGCCACUCGUUCUACCUGCUCGAGUCGGGUGAGGCGGUUGCGUAUAGGAGCGGCAACGACACGCCGGUCAAGCACUACAAGAAGGGAGAUUUCUUUGGCGAGCUUGCCCUGCUCAACGACGCGCCGCGUGCCGCCAGCGUCGUGAGCCAAACCGAGGUCAAGGUCGCCCGGCUCGGCAAAUCCGCCUUCCAGCGGCUGCUGGGGCCGGUCGAGGGUAUCAUGAGGAGGACCAGAUAUGUAGGGGUCAAGACUGGAGUCGAGGAUAUGGACCCGCUACAGUCCCAGUGAAGGAGGGGAGGAAAACAGCCACCCCGAACGGAAGAGGCGAGGCUGGCGAGGAUGACCCAGGAACAAGCAAAUAGGUCACAGGCGCGAGAUGCGGACACAGUGAAAGAACACUGGUGGCAAGUCAUGGUAUUAUGGUCGGGACGGCGUUUUUCGGAACUCCCAGAGCUGUGAUUCGAAGAGGAUACGAAUUUCCCCGACUGCUUCAGA